CAUUGUGGGGCGACAGUCGAGCUCGAAUGCAGCCAGCGACCGCCACCGUCUCGCCGGCGAGUAUGUCGCACUGACGCGCCACUUGUUACCGAUUUUAAGAAAAAUAAAUGUCAAAAACACCAAUCAAAAAUAUAGGCCAGAAAUAAUAACCAGCCAGUGACAAGUGAUAAUUUUUAUUUUUAAUUCGCGUGCGCGUUUUUUUUUUUAACUUUAAAGGGACUGUUGCAGUGAAAAAUGGGUUUGAAAUCUGAAGAUGAUAAACGGCCGAGCAAGUUGGCGAUUAUGGAUGACAUUUCAGAUACUCCAAGUGGUCUCGGCACUCGCCACUGGGUGACAUUCAUGUUGUUCCUGGGUAUGGCAAACGCGUAUAUAAUGCGUACCAAUAUGUCCGUGGCCAUUGUUGCCAUGGUGAACCACACGGCCCUACCCGUCCACAAGGAAGCUAUGGACACCGAGUGCGGGAAUGUCGAUGCUAAUGCCACCAAUGCGGCGGCGUCACAAGACGGCUCCUUCGUUUGGAGCUCAACGCUGCAAGGAUACAUCCUCUCCUCUUUCUUCUACGGUUACGUCAUCACGCAGAUUCCCUUCGGUAUAUUAUCUAAGAGAUUUGGUGCGCGUCUGUUCUUGGGUGUCGGAAUGUUGAUCAACUCCGUGUUCGGUCUGCUGGUGCCCAUCGCCGCGGAGGCUGGCUACGAGUGGCUCAUCCUCGUGCGGUUUAUACAGGGCCUGGGAGAGGGACCGAUUGUGCCGUGUUCGCACGCCAUGUUGGCGAAAUGGAUUCCGCCCAACGAGAGAAGUCGGAUGGGUGCAGCUGUAUAUGCCGGCGCGCAGUUCGGCACAGUGAUCUCCAUGCCGCUGUCGGGGCUGCUGUCGGCGUACGGCUUCGCGGGCGGCUGGCCCUCCAUCUUCUACGUCUUCGGAAUCAUCGGCACAGUCUGGUGCCUCGCCUUCCUCUUCCUCGUCUCCGAGGACCCUGAAGUCUGCCCCAGGAUCAAGGAGGCGGAGAAGAAAUACAUCUUAAGCUCGCUAUGGGGCGCUGCCGGCUCCAGCUCUCCGCCGAUCCCGUGGUGCAAGAUAUUGCUGUCGAUGCCGUUCUGGGCCAUCAUGCUGGCGCACAUGGGACAGAACUACGGCUACGAGACGCUGAUGACGGAGCUGCCCACGUUCAUGAGACAAGUCCUCCACUUCUCUAUCAAGGAUAACGGCUUCGUGUCCGCGCUGCCGUACCUCUGCAUGUGGCUGUUCUCCAUGUUCAUCUCGGUGGUGGCGGACUGGAUGCUGUCCAGCGGCAGGUUCAACCACACGCAGGUCAGGAAGAUCAUCAACAGUAUCGGCGAGUACGGGCCCGCGAUAGGUUUGUUCAUCGCGGCCAACACGGGCUGCAACCCCGCCGCCACCGUCGCCAUACUGGCCGUCGGAGUGGGCUUCAACGGCGGUAUCUACUCUGGGUUUAAGGUGAACCACUUGGAUAUAUCUCCGAGGUUCGCGGGCAUCUUGAUGUCGUUCACCAACUGCCUCGCCAACCUGACGGGGCUGCUCGCGCCCAUUGUCGCUGGAUACAUCAUUGAAGGCAGGCCGACACAAGCGCAGUGGAGGAAAGUGUUCUACAUCGCGGGCGGCGUCUACAUAUUCUGUGCCACAUUCUACAACGUGUUCGGUUCCGGCCGCCGCCAGGAGUGGGACAACCCCGCGGAGGACGACGCGCUCGCUAAGAAGGCCGCAGCCAAAAAGGCAGACAAACUCCAAAAGAAAGCCAACAAAAACACCAACGAGGCGGAAACCGCGCAAUAACUAACCUCUAGUGACUGGAUAAACCAAACUUUGUUAAUAUAUGACAUUGUACAUUUAAUAUAUUAUAAGCGAUAUUUAUUCUUCGAGUAUUAGUAGCUGUCGAAAUGUCUGCGAUAUUUUUAAUCUUUGUCAUCUUGAACAAAAAUCGCAAAUAGAAUUGAUUGUCUUUAGCGAAGAUAAGAUAUUCUAAUUAAAUGUAAGUAAUGUAAAAUAUCAGAGAAUUUUGUUAACUCAGCUUGAGCAUUCGAUACGGGUUUCUAACUUAGAGGAAACUGGUAAAAACGCGACAAUAAAAAUCGAUGUUUUUGUUCGAAUUUUUAAAUUAAUUCUUCUUUAAUAAUAAUCCAAAUGUCCUCGUUAACAGAAAUUUUGAUACGCAAGGCUUUCAAGCCUUAAAUUUAUUUGAAUAUUGUCUAUUGUGAGCCACAAAGACGCACAUCAUAAAGGCUGUGAUAAUCACUAGUAACUGACGGAAACCCGUGUCGAUAUUAAUUGCUAAUUUUAUAAGAACCGUUAUGGUAUUUUUUAUUUAUAUCGAGGGUCUACAUUUAUAUUUGAAAAACGUAAAUAACUUUGGGUCCAAGAUGUUACUAAAAAAAUUACCGUCCUAGCCAGUGUCUGUUAUAUUUAAAAAAACUACGUUAGAUUUGUUCCAAUACGCUGGUUCGUAUUAUUUGGUGUAAAGAUAAAAAAAUUGUCCUCGAAUUGAAAAUAUUUAUGAAAAAAAUAAUUUUAAAACCUCGAAUUUAAUUACGUUAAGUUGCAGAGCUUCACUAAAUAUUUGUCAUAGACUAAGCAUUAGGUAUAUACAGAUAAUCUAUAAAAUGGUUCAUAAAAAAUGCAACAAUAUGCGUGAAAAGGAACACGAGUUGACUUCCGUUUUUUGCUGCGUGUGAAAAACUCAAGUGAGCUCCCAUUCUACGUUUUUUGCUUCUUGGCGCCAAUGCAUUUAGUCUAUGAUCUAAAGUUAGUGCCAAACUGAAAUGUGUUGUGAGAUAUGUUACUUCCCUCCCCGCUUUAAGCGAUUUUUUUCCGUUAAGCCAUACCGUAAGAUAUAUUUAUAGAUUUUUCGUAUGUACCGUUGUCCUAGAGCUAAUGUGAUCAUAAGUGUUUCAUUUAAUCAAUAUAUUACGAUAAAAAUAAGUAUUAUAUGACCAGGAUUACUAUAUUUAAGUCGUUUGAUAUUACAACAAGUAUUAUAAAUGUCUAUUUCAUGUGUAAAGAAAUUUUAAGGCUGCGUUACUACAAAUACAUUUGUCCUCGACAUAUUUUUUCAAUUUUAAAGAUAUUCUAAAGUUCAAAUUGUUUUUUUUCAAUACUGUUUAUAUGAAUCUUCUACAUAUAUUUAAAUAGUUAGUACGUAUAUGUUGCCAGGAUUCAAUUCGAUGUGCAAAUCUCACCAAAAUGGCCUUAAUGUCUUUAUAUGAAUUAAUCUACUAUUUUUUACAACACUUUCGCAAGUUUUAUUGUAUUUCUGCCACAAAAAGUACAAAACCUCUGUGGUGUGUCAAACACAUCGCUGACCAUAGUGCUGUGCGAAAUAGACAAAUGUUUUUUUUAUAAGCUUUACUUUAAAUGUCUGGAAAUAUAACAGAUGUUUUUAAAACA